AUCACCGUCGCAGAAACUGUUCCCACUGCGGGGAAGAUAUCAAGUGAAGAGGCGAAGGAACAACAGCAGACCUCUGCUCUCUUAGCGGCCGAAAUUGCUGAACAGAAGAGGAAGUUUCAGGAAAAGCAGAAUGAACUCCAGCAAUUGAAGGAACAACUGGAGUCUGUGAAGCAGCAGAACCAGAACUUUUCUUUGGAAUUAAAAUCCAAAACCGAGCUGCUCGCCCAAGCGACCGCAAAGCAGGAGGGCUUUGAUUUGUUGAAAGCCAGUUUGGACGCCCAGCUACAGGCAAAGACGGAACUGAAUUUGUCGGUGAAAAGCGAAUAUCCUGUACAAAAGUAUCGUACUCGUUUUGCAUUCAUGCAUUACAAAUCUUUUUCUUGAAGGUAAAUCAGCACUACAAACUUUAUUUCUCAUGCUGAGGAAAUUUGUAAUGCAUUCAUACGAAUGCGAUACUUUUGCAACGCAUAGUGAAAAGGAGCUGCUGGUGAAGGAGAACGCGAAAAUGGAGGAAAAACUGGAGAGUCUGGAGAAAGAAAAGCAACAGUUGAAGCAGGCACUGCAAGAGGUCGGUGAGAACCUGAAAUUGAUGAAGUCUUCAAAAAGCAAAGCGGAUAAGUCGUCCUCCAUGUCGCCGGCCCGGACGAAAAACAGAUCUACUUCCACGGGAGCUGUGCC